AUGAAUAGCGUAGCAAACCUGCCAUUGUUCGCAGCCAGCGUAAGUACCAAGCGAACCACACUAUUCAGAUUCAGCAACAACAGAAAACUACACCCCAUUAGAUCCAUGAGAGCUGUUGUUCAGCGAGUCGCCUCUGCAAGCGUCCAGGUCGAUGGCCGCACCGUUUCAGAGAUCGGCCCGGGCCUCCUCGUGCUCGUCGGCCUUCACGAAUCCGACUCCGAUGCCGACGCUGAGUACAUAUGCCGUAAGGUCCUAAAUAUGAGGUUGUUCCCAAAUGAGAGUACCGGCAAAGCUUGGGACUUAAACGUGAUGCAGAAAAACUACGAGGUUCUAUUAGUCAGCCAGUUUACACUGUAUGGAAUGUUGAAGGGGAACAAGCCGGACUUUCAUGUGGCAAUGCCUCCCCAAAGGGCUAAACCUUUCUACGCUUCUGUGGUCGAGAGGUUCGGUAAAUCCUACAACCCAGAUGCGAUAAAAGAUGGAGUGUUUGGAGCAAUGAUGAAGGUCAAUUUGGUGAAUGAUGGCCCAGUCACAAUGCAGAUUGACUCCCAACCGUCUAAGAAUACAGUUGAGGCUUCAGAAGACUCGUAAUGGGUUUCUAUUGAUUUCUACAAUUUGAGAUUUGGCUGGGAUUCUUCGUGGGCUAACAAGAUGGAGUUGCUUGAUGAGCUGACAGAUUCUUUACAUCAAGGUGGAGAUGUUUAUGUCCUCUUGAGCUUGGCCGGGGGGUUGUAUGCAAACUUGCUCCUCUGACAAUUGACAGUAUCUAAUUUUCUUUCUCAUACCUUUUCAUCUCUAAGACCAGAGCAAGCUCUCAAGGCUUUGCUAAGAAUUCUUUCGAGGACUUAAAAAAAUUGUUCAGCUCCCAUUGUUAGUUUUAA